ACGUAUUCUAAUAGUUAUUGGGAAGUACCAAAAUCCGGUAAACAUCGACUUAAAUGAUUUCGAUCAACCUCCCGGCGUCGUCAAUCGCACGCGAACCGUUAGUCGCGUUGGUUCUGUUACGGAAGUGUAGUGUGGAAGUCUCAACGGAUUAAUUCUAUACAAUUUUUGAGGAAACAUUGUAAUCGGAAAAUAUAAUGCUUUUGCGACUGUCGAUCGCAGCCACUGUGGCGUUGUUCCUGGUUGCGUGCACUUCCGCACAGGAUGACUUGGACUCACUGUUCGAGUCAGUUUUCAAUGCUGAUGGCAAUAAAGAUGCCACCAACGUUCAACCGCCAUCAACUGUACCACCCGUACCAACCGCCCCAACUCCCCCACCUGUGUAUACAUGUACUGGAGAGUGUGUACCGUAUUACCUCUGCGACGGUAACCAGAUUAUUACGGAUGGUACUGGUAUAAUUGAUAUUCGAGUGGGCGAGGAUACCACUGUUGAAAACGAGUGCCCCAACUAUCUGGAUACAUGUUGCGAAAAGAAGGAUGUAAUAACCGGACCACCGCCAACCCCUACCCCACCUGUAACAUCUGAUUACACCUGUGGAAAGCGUAAUGCUGAUGGGUUGGGCUUCAGAAUCACCGGCAAUAAAGAUGGCGAGUCUGAAUAUGGUGAAUUCCCAUGGAUGUUGGCAGUGCUACGUGAAGAUAAGGUCAUGAACAGUACCUUGAACGUCUACGAAUGCGGUGGUUCCAUGCUCGCGCCAAAUGUUGCGGUCACUGCUGCCCAUUGCGUUGCAACAAAGUCGAAAGAUACGUUGCUUGUGCGAGCAGGAGAAUGGGAUACUCAAACAAAGAAUGAAUUGCACCCUCACCAAGACCGUCGAGUGCGUGAAAUCGUUGUACACGACAAGUACAACAAGGGUUCACUGGCCAAUGAUAUUGCCUUGCUGAUUCUAGAACAACCUUUCGAUCUAGCGGAAAAUGUCCAACUUGUGUGUCUGCCACCAAAGAAUACUAAAUUCGACGGAAACAAUUGUUUCGCCUCCGGUUGGGGUAAAAAUGUUUUCGGCAAGGAAGGCAAAUAUCAGGUCAUCUUGAAGAAGGUUCAACUGCCGGUGGUUCCACACGACCAGUGUCAGACUGCGUUGCGCAAAACUAGGCUAGGAAAUCGUUUCCGUCUGGACCCCAGUUUCAUGUGUGCUGGUGGCAAUGCUGGCCAAGACACCUGUCGGGGUGAUGGAGGAUCUCCACUUGUUUGUCCUAUUCCUGGUGUCAAAACACACUACUAUCAAGCUGGUAUCGUAGCGUGGGGUAUUAGUUGCGGUGAACAAGGCGUUCCUGGAGUUUAUGUUAAUGUUCCUUUGUUUAGGGAUUGGAUUGAUCAACAACUCACACAGCGUCAUGUGGAGGCGAAACACUAUACUUACGCAUAAUGAUGUUUGUGACGCAUGAAUGUCUACUCUGAUUCUUACAUCCCAUAAUAAAUGAAAACCGUUGUUAAGAAA